AUGCAACAACAACAACAACAAUGUCUGGCUCAUGUUCUUGAAAUCGUACAAGAUUUAAUAGCUUUAUCCAUAUUACUUGCAGCAGAAUCGAUAACAUUUAUUCUUGAUUUAACAUCAUCAAUACAAAAUACAAAUACUCGUACAUUAAUCAAUGACCUAACUUAUAAUCCUGUUCGAAUAAAACAAUCACCUGUACAUAUUAAUGAUAAAAUUGCAUUUAUAUGUAAUAACUUAUCAUUAUCGAAUCUUUGUCAAAAGGCGCAAGAAUUAAAAGAUUUAUUAAAUAACGAUGAACAAUUAUGGAAAUGA